AUGCCUUCUGAGCUUGUCAAUCUAUCCAACUUGCAAACAUUGGUAUUAGAAAAUAAUAGAUUAACAGGUUCCAUACCUGUAGGGAUCUUCAACAUCUCCACAUUAGGAAUACUAUCACUUUCAAACAAUUCUCUUCAAGGAAAUCUUCCAUCAAGCAUCGGUUAUGGGUUUCCCAUGCUACAAUUUCUUCAUCUCGACACAACCAACCUUAGUGGAGUUAUACCAGGCUCAAUCUCAAAUCUGUCUCAACUCAUCGUCCUUGAACUGGAUGAAAACAAAUUCAGUGGUUUUAUUCCUGGAUCCCUUGGAAACCUACAACUGCUUGAAAGGAUAUUAGUAUCUUCCAACCUUCUAAGAAGUGAUUCUUCAAAUGAAGAACUGGGAUUUAUUACUUCUUUAACAAACUGCAGAAAUCUGAGAGCUCUGGGGUUUGACAAAAUGCCAUUAUUAAAUGGUAAACUUCCAGCUUCCAUUAGAAAUUUUUCUACCUCCAUUGAAAGAAUUUAUGGAUAUAAAUCUAACAUCCAAGGUAGAAUCCCAAAAUCAAUUGGAAAUUUAAGCAGUUUGUUGUUGCUAAGUUUGUAUGGGAAUCAGUUGACGGGGCCAAUUCCAACAUCUGUAGGACGUUCUUUACCACCUGAAGUUGCAAAUUUGGAGGUUGCAACAACAUUGGUCUUGUCAGUGAAUCAGUUCUCAGGAGAUAUUCCAAGUGCAAUAGGGAAAUUAGGGAACUUGAAUUAUCUAUCUUUAGCACAAAACCAAUUUCAGGGCUCAAUGCCUGAGUCGAUGGGGAAGAUGGUAAGCUUGCAAACAUUAGACCUGUCACACAACAACCUGUCAGGUUUGAUCCCAAGCUCACUCGAAUGGCUUCAAUCCCUUUUGUACUUCGAUGUUUCUUUCAACAAAUUGAGAGGCCAAAUUCCUAGUGGAGGCCCUUUUGAAAAUUUCACUAGUGAAUCAUUCAUUUCCAAUGAAGCAUUAUGUGGACCUACAAGGUUUCAUGUGCCACCAUGCCCAAAAAUCUCCAAUCAUCACAAAUCAAAGACAACUAGGAUUGUAUUAAUUUUUUUAGGGAUUAUUGCAAUUUUGGGUGCUUUGGCCGUCUUUCUGGUGUACCUACGAUACCACAAGAAGAAAGAUAGAGCUUCCAAUGACAAUGCUUUAUUAUCAUUGGGAACAUAUGAAAGGAUUUCCUACUAUGAGCUUUUGCAAGCAACUGAUCGCUAUAAUGAAGGCAAUUUGCUCGGUACUGGGGGAUUUGGAUCGGUCUACUGUGGUACUCUUAAUGACGGGAGAAAAGUUGCUGUAAAAGUAUUCCAUGUACAACUUGAAAGGGCACUCAAGAGUUUUUACACAGAAUGUGAAGUACUACGGAACCUUCGCCAUCGAAAUCUAACCAAGGUCAUCAGCGGUUGCUCUAACAAUGAUUUUAAGGCUUUGGUGCUUGAAUUAAUGCCAAAUGGAAGUCUUGCGAAAUGGUUGCAUUCUCCCAGCUGUUUUCUAGAUAUGAAACAAAGAUUAAACAUAAUGAUUGAUGUGGCAUGCGCAUUGCAUUAUCUCCAUAAUGGUUAUUCAACCCCAGUCGUUCAUUGUGAUCUGAAGCCUAGUAAUGUCUUGCUUGAUCAAGAUAUGAUUGCACAUGUAAGUAAUUUUGGGAUUGCAAAGCUGUUGAAUCAGGAAGAUGGACUCGUAUCGACAAAAUGUGAUGUUUAUAGUUAUGGAAUCAUGCUGAUGGAAGUCUUCACAAGGACAAAGCCUAAUGAUGCAAGAUUCAACGGCAAUUCAAGCUUGAAGGACUUGGUGCAAAGUUCUAUGCCUAAUGCUCUAUAUCAGAUUAUAGAUGCCAACUUGUUGCAGGAGGAUGAAGAACACUUUGCAGAAAAGCUGGAUUGCAUAUCGUUUAUCAUGGAAAUAGCUCUAAAUUGCUCAAGAGAAUCCCCAAGAGAGAGGAGCAUGCAAUAUUGA